CUACGGUGUGUUUUGUCAGUGUGUGUGCGAGAGGUUUGCGUCCGGUUGCGUGUAUGUAUGUCCAUCAUGAGUCAGAGCAGCCAUGGUUGGUCCGUGUUUCGUAAUUAAUUCUCUUGGUUGACGAGAAAAAUGCGAGCCUAGUCCCCGGGAGCAGGACACCUGCACGUUCCCGGGCCGCGCUUGUCCGCAGAGGACAUGCUCGUUGUGCCCGGUAAAUCGCACAUCUUUCAUCAUUCUUCACAUCCCGCUCACGGCUCUGCUCCGCUCUCGUAUCCGCCGUGUGCGCGGUGUUCCCGAAGUGUUUUUCGCGUGUGUUUCGCUCCUCUUGUUUCUCACGAUAGACAUCACUGUAACCCGGUUCUGUCCUCCCGCGGGACUCCCGUCAGUUUCUCCUCCGUUCGAACAGAACACCAAGGGGAACGAAAGCUACGGACCGCGGCGGCGGUUUUCAGCCUCCGAGGACGACGGCCACGAAUGCCCUCUGUCGAUUUUCCGAUAUCGGUCUCUUCUCCGUGACGAUUGUACCUUCACGGGAAAGAAUGGACUGUGAAUACGUCAACGGUCUCGCUGAUCGGGCUCGCCUUUUAUUUGCCGUUCUGUCCCGCGAAUGAAACGGCUCGAACCAGAUACCUUGAAUUAUUGGGCCAGACAAUCGCGGGAGAAUCAUGGAUCAAAACAGAAACAGACCCAGCAGACCCCGUCUCAGGUCUCAUGGCAAUUCUGCCAGAGUCCUCGUGUUCGAUCAGACCGAAAGCGAAGAAUCGGCUUGUAGCACCGAGGCGGAUGUGCAAAAGCGUCCGAUGCCACCCAAAGUGGAAAGCAAAGAGGCUCCAGUUAGACCUGUGAGCGGAGAACUGUCGAAUUUGGUCAGAAUGAGGAACUCUGCUAUUGGGAAAUCUGCGCCCUCUUUAUCUGUUCACGUGCGUGAUUUUAACAUUCCUAGGCGGGCUGCCAAAGCGGCUCAUCGUAAAUCUUUCAUUGCAACAACAUCUCCUACCUUACCUAGAUGUCAUUCACCGCUGUCAGCAUUCGUCCCGAUUGUAGGCAGUCCCCUAGAGAGUCCUAGGAUGUCAUCCAGUCCACAUUUUGCUUUUGCUCCGAUUAAAAGGAUUGGAGGAGGUGCCACGGGAACCGGUGAUGGCAGACGGUGGUCGGUUGCGAGUUUGCCCUCGAGCGGAUAUGGAACGACACCCGGCUCCAGUAAUGUUUCGUCACGGUACUCGAGUCAAGAACGGCUGCAUCAGCUUCCAAAUGUUCCGACCAAGGACGAGUUACGUAUGCUUUCUUGCCAUUUCUCCAAACCCGGAACACCUUGUUCAUCACAUCCGGGCUUCCCGGGUUCUAGCAUCUCCAGCAUACCAGGAAGCGUGUCUCUCAGCCUUGACGAGGAAGGUCGUAGAUCGCCGCUGCACAGACCACGUUCGCGAAGUUUAAGUAGUCCCAGUCGGUCACCGGUAUUGGACAGUGAAAUCGUGAUGAUGAACACCCUGUACAAAGAACGAUUUCCAAAGGCAACUCAACAAAUGGAAGAACGUUUAACUAACUUCAUCAAUGAGAACAAGGAUCUGGACGAGUAUGAAGUGAUGGCGAACAUGACGCAAGACUCUUUGCCCAUUCUGCGAUUUGUUCAUCAUCAAGUGAUCGAGAUGGCGAGAGAUUGUUUGCAGAAAUCUCAAGAGAAGUUAAUCACAACGAGAUAUUUUUAUGAAAUGAGCGAAAAUUUGGAGCAUCUGUUGAUGGAAACGAAGGAGAAGUCACUCGAAGCUGCGACCAGAUUAACGGGGCUUAUUAAGAAAUUGUUGCUAGUAAUAUCGCGUCCAGCCCGUCUGCUGGAGUGUUUGGAGUUCGAUCCAGAAGAAUUUUAUCAUUUAUUGGAACAGGCCGAGGGUCAAGCGAAAAUCAAUGCGGGAAUCAAAACAGAUAUACCUCAGUACAUUAUUACCAAGCUUUCUCUGAAUAGAGAUCCGAUAUCUGAACUUCAAGAAGAUUUGAAUAAAUUAGAGGACUCGGCGAGCUCGAGCGACAGCAACCUGCAGAUUACUUCGAGUCCGAAUAAGGACGACGAGAAGUCUCAGCGGGUGCCGUGCGAGAGCGAUUACGAAGUAUCAAAAUUAAUUAGUAACGGCGCGUAUGGUGCUGUUUAUUUGGUCAAGGAGAAAACCACGCGGCAAAGGUUCGCCAUGAAGAAGAUAAACAAGAACAAUUUGAUGCUGCGUAAUCAAGUGGAACAGGUUUUCGCUGAGAGGGACAUAAUGAGCUUUACAGACAAUCCUUUUGUAGUAUCAAUGUACUGCAGCUUCGAAACUAAGAAACAUUUAUGCUUGGUGAUGGAGUACGUGGAGGGGGGAGAUUGCGCGAAUCUUCUAAAAAACAUUGGUCCACUGCCUCCGGAUAUGGCAAGGUUUUAUUUCGCGGAGACGGUGUUGGCUGUCGAGUACUUGCACAGCUACGGUAUCGUCCAUCGGGACUUGAAGCCGGACAAUUUACUCAUUACCGCACUCGGUCACAUCAAACUUACAGACUUCGGUUUAAGUAAGAUGGGUCUCAUGUCCUUGGCGACGAAUCUUUACGAGGGAUACAUAGACAGGGAUACGAGACAAUUUUCAGAUAAACAAGUAUUUGGUACACCCGAGUAUAUCGCUCCGGAAGUAAUCCUGCGACAAGGCUACGGCAAACCGGUUGACUGGUGGUCCAUGGGCAUUAUCCUAUACGAAUUUCUGAUCGGCUGUGUUCCAUUCUUCGGUGACACUCCUGAGGAAUUAUUUGCUCACACGGUUAAUGAUGAUAUCGAGUGGCCCGAUGACGAGGAUUGGCCUGUUCAAGUAGAAGCGAAAGAUAUUAUAACGGCGCUAUUGCAACAGAGUCCUAGAGAAAGAUUAGGAACCGGUGGGUCGCACGAGGUCAAAGAACACCCAUAUUUCUAUGGAGUAAAUUGGAACAGUUUACUCAGACAGAAGGCUGAAUUCGUGCCACAGUUGAUCAACGAUGAGGAUACAAGUUACUUUGACACUCGUAUGGAUAGAUACAAUCACGACAUCGGCGACGAUACCGAUGACACCGAUGACUCUCCUCUCUUCGGAUCAUUUUCUUCGUAUUCUCCGCAAUCGCGGAAGAUCUCUCAAACCCGUCCACCGCAACUGAAUCCGGAGUCAGAAUCGGAUGCCUCGAAGAAACAGUUGUUCCGUACUGAGCUGGAACGCACGGUUGCUCAAUUGUCACUAGGAUCCAGUGCUAUGGUCACGCCACCAUCCAAAUUAACCGACUCCGGUCCGUUCGAGAAGAGCCGACCGUCAUCGUCCAUUAAGGGUAACGCAUGUCUGGAGACUCCACCGAAGGCGGACAAAUCGAACGCGUCGUUCUCCAGCCCCGUUCCAACGUCUAGCGGCGAUUCUCAGUUAACUGUUAUAAAGAACACGCAAAUAGAAGGAACGUCGAUCAACCUGAGCACGCCCGACUCGUCCCAAACGGAGUCGGAGGACAUCAGUCCGCAGAUCCAGAGAAAGCGACACGUGCACUCCCGCGACAAGCUGCCCAGGUUCAGUAUAUCCGUUGAUGAUGACCACAUGCUGGACUUAGUUGCUGCGAGCAGGGACACAAUGGAGGAUAGUAAGCAUAAUUCUAGCACCGACUCCUUCGAGUCGUUCAACGCAAUGUCAAUCAUACCGUCGGUGAAACAGAAGUCACGGUCUGUGAUCAAAUCCGCCUCCACUAGUGGACUGUCGUUAGUGAUACCCACCAGCGACUUCUCUUACGACGCCUCUUUAAAUACUCAACAAAUCGAAUCUCCCGGUGGAUCGUCCACUGCUUCCUCGCGAGACACGUCCCCUUGCCGCGAAUUAAGUCCUCUUGUUACGAGCUUGAAGCCUCCUAUCAUCAUUCGAAGGGGACCAUGCGGAUUCGGCUUCACUGUGCACACUAUCAGGGUCUACUAUGGCGACAGCGAUUUUUACACUAUGCAUCAUCUGGUUAUGGUGGUCGAUCAAUCUAGUCCAGCGUUCGAAGCUGGCUUAAGACCGGGCGACCUCAUAACUCACAUAAACGGUGAACCGGUACAGGGUCUAUAUCAUAUACAAGUUCUCCAGUUAAUGUUAAGCGGCGGUGAUCACGUGACAUUGCGCAGCACACCGCUGGAGAACACCAGCAUUAAAACCGGAGGACGGAAAAGGGACCUAGCCCAAAGCAAAAUGGCGCGUCGAACGUUGUACAAGCAACGGAAACAGAAGCGCGAUCAUUCCGAUAAGAAACGAAAAACGUCCCUCUUUAAGCGAAUUAGUUCGAAACGAGCUAGCGUAGAGAUGCAACAGCCAUUAACUAUCAGUUGUCCAUUGUCAGCACCCAUUCUAUCCAGCGACAGCAAACCUCCACUUAUGAUGGCCGCAGGAAUCUGUUCGCCGUCCAUGGUGACACCAAGCCGAUCCUUCCAGUCGUUCACGCGCUCUCAGGAGACCUCGCCAUACUUUACAGCCUGCACGAAGUCUGUUUGUAGUCCGUCGCCGCCGACUAACCGCGUCAGCUCUGAUUCCUACCAUUCGACCGGCAACUCGAGUUCUUGUUCAAGUCCAAACUCCUCGUCACCGGGAUCGAACACGUCCGCCGCAAAUCUGGCGACCAUCUCGAACCAGUCGCACUAUCAGAGGCCCAGCACUCUCCACGGUUUGAAGCACAAGUUACACACGGCGGCGAAAAAUAUUCACUCGCCGAACCGAAGGAAAUCCGUCGGCCAUAUACCGUUGUCUCCGUUGGCCAGGACUCCUAGUCCGUCACCGCUUCCAGCUAGUCCGACCAGAAGUCCCAGCCCGUUAGCGUUCCCCACGGGACAUCAGCCUGGUAGUUCCAACACUACGCAGUCCUAUAGUCCAGGUGUCUGUUUGUCAACGCCGAACAAUCAGAAGAAGAGCUACGGACGUCCAAAAUCCGCGGAGCCUGGGUCUCCGCUGUUGAGAAGAGCUCUAAGUCCAGACCGGCUGCACCCGCGCUCCGCAGAGAACAAAACCUCGAUAUCACCGCUGGCUAAUUCAGUGGUAAAGGUAACGCCCCGUGUAACCAUCGCUCAAACCUCGCAUUCCGAGGCCUCGGAGGAGAAUGGUGACAGCUUCAAGGACACGAGCGACUCGAAGACUGAGAAGAAAGUAUCCAACGAUCAGAAGUCCGACUACACGAAGCUGUCCCACGCGAUAUCGAUCAACCUGGGGAACGUAAGCAUGACGAACUCCUGCGGCAGCACGCAGCUGCCCAGAAUAGCGGAAGAGAAGGAUUCGCCGACCGGUUCGAAGGGCGACGAUUAUUCUGCGAAGGACGCUCUGCUGUCGGACAAGACCGAGAAAGCCUGUGCAAAGUCGACCGAGAUCGAACGAGUUCACAACGACCGUCGUGACCAAGACUCCAAGGUGUGCCCAUCUUCGAAGACCACGGAGCAAUCCACCAAUAAGAUCGAAGAGAGCACCAACAAGUUCGUCGGUAAUUCUCCCACUCCGCAGGUGCGUUCAACCGCGUCCCACAAGCAGUGUCAAAGCAACGAGAAGGGUUCGCAGACGUGUCCGAAGACGUCCUCGCAGAACAGCGAGAAAGGCCCGCAGGCUGCGGUUUCGAAAGCAGCGUCGCACAGCAGCAGCAGCGAGAAAAACUCCCAAACCACAGCACAGAAGGCACCGUCGCACUUCAGCGACAAGUGUUCCCAAGCCUCUGGCCAGAAGUCAUCGAGCGGCGACAAAAGUUCGCACUCGUCCCAGAAGUCGCAGAGCAACGAAAAGAACUCGCAAGCCGCAGCUCAGAAGUCCCACGGCGAGAAGAGCUCGUACGGGACGCAAAGAGGUCAGAGCAGUGAGAAAGGAGGAGGCGGUCACAAGUCCAGCGAGCAGAAGACGGGUGGUAAAAGUUCAGAGGCUAAUCCGGAGGGUAGGAAGACCCUGAAGAAGCACAAGAACGACGCGUCCGAGGACGCGUCCGGUGCUUUCGACGCCGCUGGAUCUGGAAAAGAUAAAAAGAAUGUUUAAGUAAAACGUUGUCGAGUUAAAGAAACGAGUUGUCCACGCGUUAAUCAGACUCUUCUGCCAACGAACGACGAUGAACGCCUGUUACACAGUUACGUUUCUUUCUCCUUUUUCUUUCUUUCUUUCUUUUUUUUUAAUGUUCGUUCUAUCUCGACGAAAUCUCACGAAACGAAAACAGUUAAGCGUCUAUAUAAUCUAAUAGAGUACUUGAGUAAGAGAGCGAGGAGAAGGUUAAAUCAAAAGCAAAUGGAGCAGUUCUGUAUUCGCAGCUUUAAAAACAAAACGAAAACCAGGAGUUUGUAUACUACUCGAGUCUCAAAAUCUUCGUAGGCUUCCAUCGAAUCGAUACAGCUUGGAGAACAGCUUUCACGAUUAAGCACUAAUGUGUGUGUGUACGUGCAUCUCGAGGCGCGUCCAAAAGCCAUCCUGUAAUUAUAAUCUUUACUGUCGUACGAUUUCAUUGGAUACAAGGAAAACCAAAAUGUGAAAGUAGAGAAACUCCGACGUAUUAUAAUAUUUAAACGGUUUUAACUGUGCAAUUUGUUGAUGUCGCUCUUCUAAUUCUUCGCGAGUGGGGGAGUGUGUAUUAUUCUGCGUGUGCAUGUGUGUGUGUGUGUGUGCGUGUGCGCGCGCGUGCGUGCGUGUGUGCGUGGGUGAGAAAGAGAAACAAGAAGAUGUAAUUGGAGUAAUUUAUAUACUUCAGGCUACAGUAUUUACACGAUCUCAUUUACGUUUACGUCUAAUAUUAGCACAUCACUGUAUGGAUCAGCAUCGCGAAUCGUGUAUAGAUAAGUCUUUUUCAACGCGAGUAAUAUUUGUGAAGAAAAACAAAACAAAAAAGAACAGAGAAGACAGCAACUAUCGUAUACACUCGUGACUCGGAUUCAAACUCUUUUUCAUAUUGAUAAGAGCGAAGGCUGGAAAUCUGGAAGAGUUAGAACAAAUGAGAUCGACACGGAUUCAAAUUCUUUUCCCCGGGUGGACAUUUUCUUCGUUGAUAAAACUGAUAAUGUGAUAGCUAAAAUUCGAAUUAUUCGGUUCGUUCGACACCCGAAAAAGCUCGGAACACGAGAAUUUGUUCGAGAGCUGGCCUUCGCUCGGAAGCCACGAAAAUCGGCCUACACGCGCGAGUGAACACGAUAACCGACUUCGUUUGCGACGACUAGCGUACAAGAUGCUCCCGUAUGCACAAUGAUAUUAAUCCCUGUCUCUUUGUAGCGACUCCAGCACGCUGUGAUGCAUUUAAUUACGACGUUUAGACAAAUUGGUGCUACGAUUCAUCGCUUGGAUAUCCUGCGCGAGAAACUGGUGCUCCCGUUCUACCCUGUAAAAUCAUACGAGAGUGAGAGAAACAGAAAGAAAGAGAUAGAGAGGGGGAGGGAGAGGGAUAGUAGAAAGAGAAAAUUCACGAAUUAAACGACAACGUAGAACGAUAGGUAGUGACACAGCAGGAACGAACAUAUCGCAUUGGAAGCAUCUUGAGGAUUUCCGGGUCCGUGUGAGAGUUGCGAGCGUCCUCGAGGGCCCGUUGGCCUCUGACACGUAACUUUUUUUUAGUAUUAGGUACUCGUUAAUUUAUUCUGUAUAUAUAUAUAUACACACACACACAAAACAAAGAAACAAACAAAAGAGACACACGCGCGCGACGAAGAAAAAGGAGGGCAAAAAAAUGAUGAAAAACAAGUGUACAUUAGUUAAGGGCAAAAAGUAUGCUUUAAUCGUGAGAACGGCCGCGGCACCUAAAAUUGGCCGCUGCCACGGCUUCCGGUAGGGUUCACACAGUUCUCCGCGCUUCUCGCGAGUGCUCGCUUACGAAGGAACGUCCUUUGCCAUAAAGGGACGCGGCACGGCGCGAACGUGAACGUGUCUCUGCCAUAGAUUCGCGCGGUCUUGUCCCAACAAUGUGUUUUGUACGAAGUACGAACGGGAACAAGGGCGCCCAAGAGGGCCGCCGCGCGGGCCGGAAAAGGUCACCGGUGUGAGACAGAUGAUGCUUCGCGUUUCAAGCGAAUCGAAUCCGGCGCACCGCUUUCAGAAACGAAGAAGAAAAGAGCAAGGAAACGGAGGAACAUUUCUUACGC